ACACGCACACACAUAACGCAGAGGCAGAUUUAAAGAGGCGCUGUUUAUAAAGUCACGCUCUUCUGCCAUCCUGGGGUCACUUGUCACUGCUGUCGGCUCGGCGAGCGCCUGCAGGAGCUGCCUGGAACAUUAACACCAACGCUAACCCCACUGCAGAGUGUCAGAGGAAGGUGGUGCUGAAGGAGCCGAUGAAGGACCAGAAGCAGGAGGCCUACUGGCAGGAGACGGGCCGAUGGGGGAGCUACGAGGAGAGCCUCGACCCCCAGGCCGGGGUGUGGGGAGCCUCACCGAUCUCCUACCUCACCUUCAAGAGCCUCGUCCAGCUCAGACGCACCAUGAACACAGGCGUGACCAUCCUGGGCUCUGAGGAGCAGACUCUGGCCGGCGCGUUGGAGAAGAUGGUCAGCGAGAUGGUGAACAAGAAGGAGGUCCGGCCGGGAGACCGUGAGGAGGUGUUGAAGUCUCUGCUGCGGAGCCACAGCCAAUCACCUGACCCAGAGAGCCAAGCCCUGACCGACGGGACGGACCUUCAGAGGUUUUCAGUCAAGGAACGAAGAGAUGAAUCUGACCGUGUUGAGGCCUCCAUGGUUUUAGUAGGAGUCUUGGACUUUCUGGAGAGGCCCACGAUCGCGUUCCUGCGUCUGAAGGAAGCGGCGGCCCUGGACCCGGCCGUGGAGGUCCCCGUUCGCUUCGUCUUUGUUCUGGUUGGCCCGAGCAAGACGGACAUGGACUACCACGAGACUGGCCGGGCUAUGGCAGCGCUGAUGGCCGACAAAGUAUUCAAUCAGGCAGCGUUUCAAGCGAAGACUGCCCGGGAGCUGACGGACGCCGUGGCCGACUUCAUGGACUGCAGCAUCGUCAUUCCUCCCACCGAGAUCCAGAACGAAUCGAUGCUCAGCAACAUCAUGAGCUUCCAGAAGAAACUACUGCAGGACAGGAUGCAGUCCUCUGACCCUGCCGACCGCCUGGACUCCAAACCUCGGAGGGUCUCAAUCUCCACCGGACCUCCUCCUGAUGACCCCCUCUCACGCACCGGUCGACCUUUCGGUGGGAUGAUUCGAGACAUAAAGAGACGCUACCAGUUCUACAAGAGCGACAUCACCGACGCCCUCAACGCCCAGGUGGUCGCCGCCAUCAUCUUCAUCUACUUUGCUGCUCUGUCUCCUGCCAUCACUUUUGGAGGACUCCUAGCUGAUAAGGUGGAAAACAUGAUGGGCGUCCCAGAGCUCCUCAUUUCCACCAGCAUUCAGGGGAUCAUCUUCUGCUUCGUUGCUGCCCAGCCCGUCCUGGUCAUCGGUUUCUCUGGACCUUUGUUGGUGUUCGAGGAGGCCUUCUUCGCUUUCUGCAAGUCCCAAGACAUUGAGUACAUUGUAGGGAGAGUGUGGGUCGGAGUGUGGCUGGUCAUCAUUGUCGUGAUCAUUGUGGCCUGCGAGGGAAGCUUCUUGGUUCGCUUCAUCUCACGCUUCACCCAGGAAAUCUUCUCCAUCCUCAUUUCCCUCAUCUUCAUCUAUGAAACCUUCGCCAAGCUGGGGAGGACCUUCAAGACACAUCCGCUUAUUCUAAAUUAUGAUCACCUAAAUGCAACAGUGGAAAAUCCCUGGAACCCACGAGUGAUAGAGACCAUCGACUAUGACAACGCCACCGGCAACGCGACUGUUAACAUCACCACUAUUAAGCCGCCGUACCCCAACACAGCUCUGCUCUCCAUGUGCCUCAUGCUGGGCUGCUUCUUCAUUGCUUUCUUUUUGCGUCAGUUUAAGAACGGGACAUUUCUUCCCGGAAAGGUCAGACGCCUGCUUGGUGACUUCGGCGUACCUAUUGCCAUUUUCCUCAUGGUUGUGGUGGACUACAACAUCGAAGAUACCUACACUCAGAAACUGGUUGUACCCAAAGGUCUCAUGGUGUCCAACCCGUCCAAAAGAGGCUGGCUCAUCAACCCCUUCGGAGAGCACCAGCCUUUCCCAGUGUGGUUGAUGUUUGCGUGCUGCGUCCCGGCCAUGCUCGUCUUCAUUCUCAUCUUCCUGGAGUCUCAGAUCACAACUUUGAUUGUGAGCAAACCUGAGAGGAAGAUGGUCAAGGGCUCCGGGUUCCACUUCGACUUGCUGGUUUUGGUCGGCAUGGGAGGGCUCAGUGCGAUAUUUGGCGUGCCAUGGCUCAGCGCUGCCACGGUGCGAUCUGUCACCCACGCCAACGCACUCACCGUCAUGAGCAAGGGCCCAAAACCGGUGAUAGAGAAAGUGAUCGAGCAGAGAAUCAGUGGCAUUGUGGUGGCCUUGCUUGUCGGUCUGUCUAUUCUGAUGGAGCCGAUCCUGAAGAUGAUUCCCAUGUCGGCUUUGUUCGGGAUCUUCCUUUACAUGGGAGUCACGUCGCUAAAUGGAAUCCAGCUGUGGGAUCGUAUUCUGCUUCUAUUCAUUCCCAAGAAAUACCACCCUGAUGAACCAUAUGCCACUAGAGUGAGCACAGGACGAAUGCACUUGUUCACAGCCAUCCAGGUUGUGUGUCUGGCAGUUCUGUGGAUCGUCAAGUCCAGUCCGGUGUCCCUCGCUCUGCCCUUCAUCCUCAUCCUCACCAUUCCUCUACGGAUGUUUAUGACCGGACGUCUCUUCACCGAAAUGGAGAUGAAAUGCUUGGAUGCUGAUGAUGCCAAGGUGACGUUUGAGGAGGAGCCUGGUCAGGACGUAUACUGUGAAUCUCAGAUGCCGCUGUAGACGUCUCACAUGACAGCUGCCGGCAUUUUUAAGUUAUUUAUUUUAUAUGUGGCUCAGAUUCGUGCCAUUUUAAAUUACCUAUGAGCACAAACAUGUUUAAGUGUUUUCGUUUUCAUUAAAACCUCAAAUGUGGAUUAUUUGAAUACCAUUAAUAUCUUAAAUGCUCAAACAUUCCUGAAGAAUUUAUAGUAUUUAAAUGUUUCUCAGGUAAGUCUGUUGCAGUGCUGAAGCAAAGAAAUAUUCCCAAUUGUUGUUUUUGUUUUGUUUGUUUUUAUUUUUUUUGUUUUUUUUUAGAAGAAAGAAAGACCCAAAAAUGCAAGUGCUUUGCAAAUCUUAAAGAAAAGGCACUAAUAUGUAAAAUAAAAUAUAUAUGCAAGCUCUGAACAUUGAGUGGAAAAUAGUAUCAAUUAAAAUCCUAAAUUGAAUAAAUAUGUGCAGCUGAAGUCACUGAGCCUCUUGCUGCAAGUAAAAGCCGACUCCGGAUGAAGUAAUAUGUGAUUUCUAAGGCACAGAUGAAGGAAAUGUGCAGGUUUUUUUUUUUUUUUUUAGCAAACGUGAUCAAAGUGGUAACACUGGAGAGCCAAUGGACAACGCCACUAUGUAGCAAUGCAAGGAGAGACAAAAUGCUGUAGUCGACAUUUUAGUGUGUGCUGUGUUACUGUCAUCUUGUCAUCUCUAUGAAUAAUAAAACAAAACUACCUUCUAACACA